AUGUCGAACGGUGCAACUGUCUUCAAACGGAUAUUUCCCCAAUACCAACAGGAGUUGGAAGUUGAGCAAGCGUCGGUGUUCCUUGGUAACAACUCGAAUAUAAUUGGAUAUUCCUAUGUUCAUACGCUGUUAUGGGACAAACUUGAACCUGCCCACGACCGCUGGAACACCACUGUUAUGCAAACUAUCGCCAUCAACAACUCUCAGAACAUUCAAUUCGAGAUUAUCAGCCUCCAGCUCGCUCUUCCAAUCGUCCCAGCCCUCGCAGUCAAUUUCUCACCGAAAAACUCGUCGACAACAGCCCUCCUACGCUCGCCAGACAAGCAGCUAGAUCUAGAUCUACAUAAAUCCUACUCGAGCGUGGACACGGUCCUGCUUGCACGCCGGAUGAGCAAAAUAUUGGAUCGUCGAUUCGUCUCUGCACGUAUCGUCGACCGAGGUGCAUAUGCAUCCGUAUACCAGCUGAUAGAGCAUUCAUCUGCAUCAUCACCAUCGACCACGGCAGCCAGCGACACCAUCUCAGGCGCACGCAGAUCAGCCGUCAUCGUAAGAAUCUCAAGUCGACCAGUGUACAAUGACGUCGCUAUCGAUGAAGAAAGAAAGAAGAUCCGUGUAUAUGUGGGGACGCUCACCCUUAUUCAUGAAUCUGCCCCCAAGCAGGUGCGACGCCGAGUUCCACAGAUACUGGCAUACGAUGCGUCAGAGAGCACGGAAUUUGGAUUGGGAUGGGUCGCGAUGACCCGAGUCGCUGGAUGUCCAGUGGCAGAAUGCUGGUCGGAUUUCGGCAUGAAGCAGAAGCAGCGCACCAUCGAAGACUUGGGAACCCUCACUCGGAAACUCUCACGUUUCAUGGUUGCAGACGAGAUUGGCUCAAUGCUCGCCAACGCCGCUGCCUCUGGCAGCAAGUCAGGCGUCUCGCGCGUCCAGCUCUCGCUCCCUCGCCGAACCGGAGCCAACAAUAUGCGACCAUAUCAGUCGCCUCGAAUGGGUUCUGGUGGGCACGACUCGGCCAGUUCGUUUAUGCGCUGGGCUGUCGAGUCGGAGGUGGCUUUCCUCCGCCAACACCAGAGGCCGGCAGCGCGGUGCUUCAACAUGAACAUGGUACGACUUAGACAGUGUGGGAUGGAGGACGAGAUCCCGACCGAUGUAUCGUUUGCCAGCACGACAAGCGCCGUCUACCGCAAGCAACUGCGAGCGUUGGGUGACCUCGCGCAGACGAUCCUGGAUGCCGAGGACAAGGAGGAUGAUCGAUUUGUCCUGGCGCAUCUUCAUCUGUCUCCAGAAAAUAUUCUCGUCGACGAGGAGACGGGAGCAGUGACUGGUAUCGUGGAUUGGGAGUUCUCCGGCUUUGUUCCCGAGUGGCUUGCACUCGCGCCACCCACUUGGAUUACCAACGAGUCUCUGCCCACAUGGUCUGAGGGUGGAUGGAAGACGGAAGAGGACGAGUCGCCCUAUGGAUCCACCGACGAGCUAGAGCAGCUGCGGACGACAUGGGUCAGCGCAGUCUCCUGGGACGACCAGAGUCAAACUCAGCACGAUGCCUCGGACAAGCGAACGAUGUGGAAAGCGUGCUUGAGCGAGUGGCACGAACUAGAACGGGCGUGUGCCUGGGCUCGAGGCGUGGUCACUGUUCGACAUCGCUCGGACGAUUAUCCGCGCAACGACGGUCGAAACGCAAUCGACCUAUCGUACUCGGAUGGGGAGAUUCAACGGCCAGCAAUCGGACGAUGCCCCUCACCGUCGACUGCAGAAUCCUCCACUGGUCCCUUAACCCCGAUCGAGAUGGCCGUACAGCUUCCGCCAUGGGUAGCUAGCAACCAAAAGAAAGAUGCUCCAUUCGUUCCUCCCAGUUGGCAGUACGAGCGGAGUGAAGAGAGUGACGAUGGAGACGACGAGGAGAGUGACGAAGAGAGUGUUGUCGAGAACGACAUUGACUUUGAGGAGUUUGCCUUGUCGUUUGAGCCACCUCCCUUGCCGCACAUGGGUGCGCCAAUCGUUCAGCUCACAGCUCCAUCACCAUGCUCGGAACUCUCUUUCGACAUCCCUUCCCCAAAAGUCGAACCACCUCAAAAUCCAUCGUCGCUCUGCUUUGUUCAAGGGAUGAACUCUUCUCUUCCGCCCUCGACGCUGUCUCCCGAUUCGAUAUGGACGGCAUUCUGGGAGACUCCACGUGUGGACAUCGCACGUGAUUUGGACUUUAUUGUAGAGCGUGACCAGGAUGCAGGCUGGUAG